CCAACUCCCCUCUCUCUCUUUCUUUCCUAUAUUCUAAGCAAUACCCCACAACCAUCAUCAAAAUCAUGAUCAUCAAGCCCACUCUACCAAGCCUCCUCUUUCUCUUUCUUAUAAUCUGCCACUCUAUAAAGUCUUAACUAAUCGACAUCAAACCAGUUGGGAAGAGAUAUAGAUCACCUUUCUAGUGACAGGAUCCAAAGGCUCUCAGAAUGAGGAAGCCAGAGGCCUCUGGGAAGAACAACGUUAAUAAUAUUAACAAGUUCAGAAAGGGCUUGUGGUCACCAGAGGAAGAUGACAAGCUCAUGAACUACAUGCUAAACAAUGGACAAGGUUGCUGGAGUGAUGUGGCAAGGAAUGCUGGUUUGCAGCGAUGCGGCAAGAGUUGCCGGCUUCGUUGGAUUAAUUACUUGAGGCCUGAUCUCAAGAGAGGUGCAUUUUCACCCCAAGAAGAAGAGAUGAUCAUCCAUUUGCAUUCCCUUCUCGGCAAUAGGUGGUCUCAAAUUGCGGCUCGCUUGCCAGGAAGAACGGACAAUGAAAUCAAGAAUUUUUGGAAUUCAACAAUAAAGAAGAGAUUAAAGAAUCUGCAGUCAUCCAACGCAUCACCAAACACAAGUGAUUCCUCCUCGGAGCCUAGCAAAGAUGUCAUGGGAGGGUUGAUGUCGACCAUGCAAGAACAAGGCAUUUUCUCCAUGAACAUGGAUCCUUCAAUGUCAUCUUCGUCAUCGUUAGCAACCUCCAUGAAAGCAAUGAUUCUAAAUACCAUGAUGGAUCCAUUACUACCUAUGCUUGAUUAUGAUCAUGGCCUAAACAUGUAUGGCGGUGCAAGUGGGUACGAAUCCAUUACCGCACCACCAUGCAUGGCUCAAGUUGGAGUCCUUAACAGUGGUGAUCAUGGUUUUUAUGGGGAAGGGAUCUUUGAAGGUAUUAAUGUUGAGAUUCCUCCUUUAGAGAGUGUAAGCUGCAUGGAGGAAAAUGCAAAAACCCAGAAUAUACAGGAUAACAACACUGACAAGUACUCAUAUAGUAGUCCUGUGAAUAGUCUUUACCACAAAAACUGCAACAUCACUAGUAAUAACAAGACAGAUAGCAUAGCUGCUGAUCAGAUGGGGAACUUAUGGCACGGAUCAGAAGAGUUAAAAGUGGGGGAGUGGGACUUGGAAGAGUUGAUGAAAGAUGUUUCGGCCUUUCCAUUCCUUGAUUUCCAAUGAUCGUUGAAUAAAUGGUUUCCCAAUACACAUAAUUUUUCAAGUUUAGAUCGGCCUUGCCACAUAUUCACCCUUCAAAUACUGUUAUCACUCAACCCUUGUAUUGAUCUAUCCUUUUUCGUCAAGAAACUUAGCAAUUUCAUGUAUAGUUCCGAUGAGGUACAGGAAGCAUGGAAUAAAGGUCAGGAGAGUUAUACAUUAAUUAGUGACCAAACAUUUCUUGUACGUAAAUUUAUGUACCUUAUGAUAUUAUUGCAAUUUCGAUCGCCAUUAAUUA